GGUUGAGGUUGACUUGACAUCCAGUCUACGAGAUCGUCAUAGGUUAUCAGUAGCAGAUAACUCCGAGUUAUUUUAGGAACACUUUUGCCGUACGUGCCAACUUCGAUCUUGGGGGCUUGAUUGUCCAACUUUCGGAACAAGACCACCUCGUCCACUGACCAAAUCGCAUUACAUCGCACAUCACAUCACAUUGGCCACAGUGAGGUAAAGUUUUAAAGUUUCGUAAGGGCUUUCCCUCCUUUCUCCCACUUGUUGAGAAACGAACACCGUUCCUCCCAUCGUCAAACUGCGUCAGACCCCAUGUGUUUGGGAAAGUUUCCUUGUAGUGUGUUGGGUUGGGAAACGUAUUUAAGCCCUGGGUACAGAUGUGCCGAUCAGCUCAGUGCAAACUACUGCAGCUGCUGCUCACUGACACAUGUGCUCAGUUUUAUUAGAGAGCGAGGAUGCGUCCAAUACUUUUGGCUCUAGUUGUCAGCUUCGUCGUGAAAGAAGUUCAAGGUUGGGGAUACAAGGAUGGAGUACUUCAUAACUCUAUAUGGCUAGAGCAAGCUGCAGGAGUCUACCACCGGGAAUCUCGUAAGGGGAGAUAUCAGCUGACGUUCAACGAGGCCAAGGCAGUGUGCAAGUACGAGGGGGGAACUCUGGCAACGUACCAACAGCUGGAGGCUGCGCGUCAAAUAGGAUUUCAUGUGUGCUCUGCGGGCUGGUUGGACAAAGGACGGGUGGGCUACCCCAUUGUCAAGGCCGGAGCCAACUGUGGCUUCGGAAAGGUUGGCAUCAUCGACUACGGCUUCAGGCUGAACAAGAGUGAACGCUGGGACGUCUACUGCUACAACCCCAACGCUAAGGAAUGUGGAGGUGUGCACACAGACCCUCAGAAGGUGCUGAGCUCCCCUGGGUACCCCAACGAAUACCCUGACGAGCAGAUCUGCUACUGGCACAUCCGGGUCCGCUACGGCCAGAAGGUCCACAUGCGCUUCCUGGACUUUGACAUCGAGGAUGACACGGCUUGUCUUAGUGACCACUUAGAGAUCUACGACAGCUAUGACGACGUGUCAGGAUUUGCGGGAAGGUUCUGUGGAGAUGAGUUACCAGAAGAUUUUAUCAGCACAGGAAAUGUCAUGACCCUCAAGUUCCUGUCCGACUCCUCAGUAACAGCUGGCGGCUUCCAGCUUGAGUACACCGCAGUGGAUGCGAACCCCUCCGACGAGACCAACACAUUCACCUGACCACUGUUCACAUCUCUCUCUCUCUCUCUCUCUCUCUCUCUCUCUCUCUCUCUCUCUCUCUCUCUCUCUCUCUCUCUCUCUCUCCCAUCACUUCUUUUUUAAGAGAGAAAAAAUGACUUGUUUUGUAUUUGUAGUUCACUUUAAUAAUUUAUCAUGGUGUUGUUUACUGUAUUGAUGCGAACUAGUCUACAAUGCUGUUUGAAAUUAAAUGUGUAUUCUUUUACAAAAGUUUGUCAUGUGUCAUGAAAAGUACCUUCUGUUUUCAUUUAAUUUUGUG